UAGUAAUUCCCAUAGGCUGUGGAUUAAAGAAGCGUUUUGAACCGUAACGCUGUGAAAAAGCGAUUAUUCUAACAACCAACUGAUAGGUAAAACCCGAAAAAUCGCUACAUUGUAUUUACACUAGGCACGGCCAUGCUGAUAAGUUUAGAGUUUUUGUUUUAGUUUACGCGGGAUUCCCUCAGCCCGAUAGUAACGGCAAAGCAUAAGACAAAAUCGUCUACGUUUUAUUUUUUCCCCAGUUUUGUGGCAGAUUUCGAUACGUUCGGUAUUCUGAAGUGCGAAUUAAAAUAGUGACGAUCGUCGCAGUGAAAUUACGAUGAACACGUUGAUCAUUUUAGUAUGUAGUGUUUUUGCCAUAGCAAACUGCCAGGAUGCUAGUGUGAUCUCCUUUGGGCCGAAAUACAUCCGGCCAAAUCAACCCUAUAUUGUUGCCUUGGCCAAUCCACACAGUUCAGAUGUGAGCGUGAAUCUCACCUUAACUUGUGACGAUGGAACUCCAUCUCGGUUAAGUAAAACUCUCAAGAAACAGAGUAUUGAGCGUUAUUCUUUAAUGGUUCCAAAUGGAGUUAACAUUGAAAGUGAAUGUACCUUUUUGGCGGUCAACAACGGCGGAAAUAUAAAUGUGCGCCAAGAAGCCACGCUAAGUGUUGCACGGAAGACACUUUCAAUAUUUAUCCUUACCGACAAACCCAUCUACAAGCCGGGCGAUAUAGUAAGAUUUCGGGUGGUCGUACUCGACAUGGCGACGAAACCGGUCAAUCAUAUCGACAGUAUUCAGAUCGAUUUGGAAGACAGCAAUGGGGAAUCCCGGAGACAGUGGACGCAAGCUGUGCUUUACAAGGGAAUUUUCGCAGCCAGUCACAGGAUGUCGUCCACUCCAGCGCUGGGCAAGUGGGCCAUUAAGGUCACCGCAAAUGAUGGCGUCAUUACCAACGAGAAAUUGCAGCAGUUCGAGGUCCGAGAAUAUGUGAUGCCUAAGUUUGUCGUCAAAGUAGUACCUUCGUGCAUUCUGCUAAUAUCUGACAAAGAAAUCAGUUUGAACGUCGAAUCGCACUACACAUUCGGAGGUCCGGUUCGAGGCGAGAUUUUUGUACAACUGUUCACUGAUGAUGAUUUACAUGUAGCCACUCACAGUUAUAGAAGGAGUUUUGAUGGUAACGGUACUUUUCGGUUCAUGCUGAAGGACGAACUCGAUGCUCCGUAUGACAAAGAUUAUGUCAUGGUACGGGCCAACGUAUCGCUGACGGAAAAUGUUUUCAAUUUUGCGUUGUCCUUCACCGAAGAAAUUCCUGUAUUCAUGUGUCCGUAUCAAAUUGAGCUUAUAAGUGCUGUGAAAUACUACCGGCCUGGGGUACCAUAUCACUGCAGGUUAUCUGUCAAAGAUCACUAUGGAGUUCCAGUAAAACACAAGUCCUUAAUAGUCAAAACCGAUACAGGUGUGGAACGGUCUGUAACGCUUGACGACCACGGAGUAACAUCUUUAGAACUCGCCAUGCCAGAUGAAGCUGACUCUGUAGAUAUAUCGGUAAGCUUAGAAAACCGGGAAUGCAAAAAUAUACAUACGAUAGAGGGCCUUGAAUUUACAUCAUCCCAAUACCUGCAAAUUUCUUUGCUCAAAAGAAAUGUAAAAGACUCGACUGUGUCCUUCAUCAUCAGAUCGAACGUGGAGUUAUCUCAUUUGUAUUUUCUUGUUACAAGCCGAGGAAACAUUUUGUUGGCCAAAUAUGAGUAUUGUUAUAGAAAAAUGUCACAUAUGAUUAAUUUUAAACUUACCGUAGAUAUGACGGUACAGUCUAAACUAGUUGUCUACACACUUAAUUCCGGUCACUUGGUUAUGGAUCAUUUUAAACUGGACUAUUUUGCCAAUGAAUUCGAGCUAUCACCAGAAGAAUACAAAUUUCAACCAGAUCAAGUGGUUGAACUACACGUCAAAGCGGAGAAAGAUUCGUAUGUAGCUUUGCAGGCAAUCGACCAAGGAGCUCUCCAAUUGGGAUACGAAGGAUUCGGAAUAACGAAGGCGCAUGUUUUUGAGGAUCUAGAUGAGUACACUCCUGAUCUCAUCGAAUUCGACCCUAUCGGUUCUUUAGGAUUAUUUUUCAGAACUGGUUUCAAUACUCACGAUGAAUCAAAGCGUUCGAAGCGUUCUACUCACCAUGCAAGACGACACACUCGGUUGAGUGUUAAACCCACAUUGUUGGGGACCGAUUAUCCUGAGUCGUGGUUGUGGAAGACCUACACAAUGAACAAUAAGAAGGAGUUGACCAUAUCUGACGUGCUCCCUAAGACAAUUACUUCCUGGUUUGUGACUGGAUUUGCCCUGAGCCCUACUCGAGGCUUGGGAUUGAUAAAUGCUCCGGUGAAGCUGACUGUUUCCAAGCCAUUCUACAUUAUUGCAAACCUUCCGUACUCGAUCAAACGAUUCGAAGUUGUCCGGAUACAAGUGACCUUGUUUAACUUUUUGAUCGAUUCUUUGCCGACAAACGUGACUUUAUACAACCCGUGUGGCGAGUUUGAAAUUUUAGGUUAUGACGAAAUACUAGGCAAACAAGAAAUUGUGGUGCCGUACGAUCAACCAACAUCCGUUUCAUUUCUGAUUAAAGCCAAAAAACUGGGAGAUAUCGCAAUAAAGAUCAAAGCCGCAUGCUAUUUGAAAACUGAUGAACUUUAUCACAUACUUCGUGUAACACCAGAGAGCCGGUUGCACUCCCGUUCGCAAACAGAAUUUAUCAGCCUUGAUUUGUAUAGAUCGCAAAAGUUUAACGUAUUCCUCAAUAUUCCGUGGGCUGCGGAUCAGAGAUCUGUCAACAUUCAAGCAGAAAUAAAUCUUGUUUCAGCUUCGUUUAUGACAAACAUGGCACAGAAUUUGAGCAGUUUAUUCGCAAUCCCAACUGAUACCGCGAGUUCAAAUCUUUUGGCAAUUAUUCCCAACGUAGUUGUCCUGGAUUACAUCAAGGAAACAAUCAGAAAGGAUCCUCUCGUAGAACAAGAAGCCAUACACUAUCUAUCCACUGGAUACACAAAACAACUGAAGUACAGACAUCCCAACGGAGCAUUUGGCCAAUUGGAUCUACCACAGAAGAAACCAAGCAUCUUUCUGACGGCACUAGUUGCCAAUGCUUUAAGCAUGGCAACCAAACAUAUUGAAAUUGACCAAACCAUAAUCACAGAUGCUUUUUCUUGGGUAAAAGAAAAACAAAAACAAAACGGAUGCUUUGAAGAAGUUGGAGAAAUUAUCUACGAGCCUAUCCAGAAUAAUUCAUCUUCCUUUGCCCUCACGGCGUUCGUAGUUGCUGCCAUCCAGGAGAAUAAUGUAACCGCUAUCCAAUUUGGUGAACUCGUGGAGAAAGCAACAAACUGUUUGGCUAAAAACUUUCAUUCACUCACAAACACAUAUGACAUAGCAUUGGCCACUUAUGCUCUAUCUUUGACGGGGCAUGCUAAACGACAGGACUAUUUAAAUAAAUUGGUCGAAGAAUCCCAUAAAGAGGGCGAAAAACUCUACUGGGAGGGAGAGUUACAAGUGGAAAUUACUGGAUACGCCCUUUUGUCUUUUCUAGCACAGAAUAUGCACUAUGAUGCUAUUCAGGUCAUGAAUUGGUUGAAGGAACGAUACUCUACUGGAGCGUUUUCCGGCGUUCCCAGCUCUUUUGCGGCACUGAAAGCACUUGGAAAAAUAGCUGUGUAUCUAGAUAGGAGAGAAACAUAUUACACGGUUCGCUUGAAAAGUGACCAUAUGCUUGCACAAUUCACAGUGGAGCAUUCGAACGCUCUAAUACCCAAUUUAUACGAUUUACCUAAUGACGUACGCAAGCUUGAAAUUGAAAUCGAAGGUAUCGGUAUUGGUUUCCUUCAAGUGCAUUAUCAAUACGAAUUGAACAUCCAAAAACAAAGGGCUUCAUUUAACCUGGAUGUAAAGGUACUCGAUACCAGCACUUCCAAGAUUCAAAACCUGCAAGUGUGCUUGAGCUACAUAGAGACACAGAUAGAUGAUUAUGUAACUUCUGGAGUUGUCCUAGUGGAGGUUUUCCUUCCGGGUGGAUUUGUAGUGAACGAGAACGCACUCAAAGAUCAUGAUCGUCGUGUUAAAAAAACCGAUCGAGUCUUCAACAACACCGCCAUGUUUGUGUACUACAAUGAAGUGAGUACAGAGCAAGAGUGCUUCGAAGUUACGGCACACCGGAAGUAUCAGACCGCAUUGCACCGACCGUCCUACGUAGUUGUGUAUGACACCAAUGAUAUGAGUAAGCACGCAAUAAAAUCGUACGAAGACGUGGCCCAAGAAGGAUGACUACAAAUCGACGAAUUGUUAGCUAUCAUUGACCAGGGUCACUUUAGAGCUUAUCGAAAGGAGGACUUAAUUUGAUAACUCGAACGAAACUGUAUGCCUUAAUAAAGAAUAGAAAUAAUUGAAUGUAGCACUACGAGCAAAGAUAUGUUUGACUCCCUAACACCUUGCUAAAUAAUUGAUUUCUUCUCCAGUGCUUAAAAAAUGGACCAAUCUUAGCAAAAACAACAAAAAGCAGGUAUAAAUCAGGAUCAACUUGUUCUUACAUUUCUUCACCUUUGCUUAACCACUAAACCCGGUUUAAUAACGCCACGGCCUUAGUUACAUACAUUGUUUUGCUCAACAUCACAUUUAAGACAAGACAUAAUAGGACAUAAUCAACAAUAGUAACGCCACAAUACUCGGUUUGUGGCUGCCACUCUCCACACUGAACCAACACCCCAUCCUUUAAGAAUAUGACAACUGAUACGGUCGCGCCCCUUAACGAAAAUAAGUCGAAAAUCGGAUGACGAGCAUACGCUUCGAUUCGAUUGGAUGGUGAGCAAGCGUAUGCUUGUCAUUCGAUGUCAGUACGACAACGACAUUGAAAUCCGGCUGAAGAUCUUGUUCGUAUCGAAUGUGUUUCAUUCGUCGAGUAAAUGAAACAAGAUUGAAAUUGUAAUGAAAUUAAAUAUGGUUUUGAUUUUAUACA